ACGGCAACGAGUUAUGGAAACACUAACACAGCAUCAACUUGCAAAUGGCCUAAUGCGAUGCCGUCCCCGGGAAUAAUCAACAGCACGCUGAUUAACGGGACAUACUUCGUGUAUCGCCGCAUGUUCGCCCCGGAACCAGGUCCCGUGAACAUGAUUGCGGAUUUUCACAAUAUUGGCCCAUCCGCGUCUCCGUUGAUUAACGCUACAGCACGCACCAUGUGGGUGGAAUACACCAAUUAUGCCAGUGUCACUUCGACUGAUUGCGUGCGCGGUUUCUUUGUCGGACAAGUCCAGGACAACGGUCCUAUGAACGGUUUAAUUAUCCCGUUUACCAGCGACGGCGCAAUUCAGCCCUAUACGUCCAUGUUCCUGUACGCGGCUCCAGAGCAGAUCCUAUUCUACGGCUGCGGUCAGCAGAAUUUGCAGGCCGGUGUCUGUGAUACACCGGUAGUGGUGCACUGUAUUCGCGCCAAUCCCCUACAGUUGUCGGCGGCUGAUAAAGCGGCGUAUGACGCGGUGGAAAAUAAAUUCUUCAAUAGCUUCGGAUGCAGUGCCAAUGAUGUGACGGCGUAUCUCCAUACCGCUGAUAAACCAUACUGUCCUGAGGUGCCGCCGACAACCUGCAUGCAGAACCAUAUUUCGGGCUACGAGCAAGUGCUGGCGUAUCAGACUUCGGGAACCGGCACUGGAACGGGAACUGGAACCGGAACUGGAACCGGAACUGGAACCGGAACUGGAACCGGAACUGGAACCGGAACUGGAACCGGCACUGGAACGGGAACUGGAACCGGAACUGGAACUGGCACAGGAACCGGAACUGGCACAGGGACUGGAACAGGCACCGGAACCGGAACUGGAACCAGCACCGGAACCGGCACUGGAGGUGGUAGCGCUUAUCCAUGAGUGACUUAGCCUUUUCCGUGCGAACCAGUUUACCGGGUACCGGUACUCGCUAUGAACCUGUUUGGACAUUUCGUGUUUAAAAUAUAAGUUUGUUGUUUUCUUUAUUGUUAUGUACUAGCUUCCUCCGUGAGUUAAUUUUUUCCCAACGGAUUUUCAAAGGGACCUGUUUAUGUGAUAUGAUUAUAAAUUGACCCUUCACGCAAAAAUUUUCACUUAUUAAAUACCUAAUACGGU